GAGCUGCCUGCAGUUCAAACAUCAAGCUUCAUCAAUAUUUCCCGCAUUUUCCAUUAAGCUUCGAUCCUUUUCAAAAUACCCCAAAACUCCAUUUAAUUUCACUUUACGGUUCAGAUUAUCAUAAAUUAUGGCUUCAGGAUAUGAUAGAGCGUUGUCUGUUUUCAGUCCGGAUGGCCAUGUUUUCCAAGUCGAAUAUGCUCUCGAAGCAGUCAAGAGAGGAACAUGCGCCGUCGGAGUAAAGGGCAAGGAUAUUGUCGUUCUAGGAUGUGAGAAGCGUUCCGCAAUGAAGUUACAAGAUACCCGUAUUACGCCAUCAAAAAUUGGUCUCGUCGAUACCCACGUUUGCCUAGCUUUUGCAGGUCUCAAUGCCGAUGCAAGAAUCUUGGUCGACAAGGCAAGAUUAGAAGCACAGUCACAUCGUCUUACUGUGGAGGAUCCAGUUACAAUAGAGUACAUCACCAAGUAUGUGGCUGGUGUGCAACAAAGAUAUACACAAAGUGGUGGUGUUAGACCGUUUGGUAUUAGUACUUUGAUUGUCGGAUUCGACCCCAACGAUCAGACUCCAAGGUUAUACCAAACAGAGCCAUCUGGAAUCUACUCCGCAUGGAAAGCCAAUGCUAUCGGCAGAUCAAGCAAGACUGUACGAGAAUUCCUAGAGAGAAACCACAAGGAUGAUAUGGAUAGGGAAGCUACUAUCAAAUUGACAAUCAAGUCUUUACUGGAGGUUGUCCAAACUGGAGCGAAGAAUAUUGAGAUUGCUAUCAUGGCACCAGGCAAGCUCAUUGAGAUGUUGCCAGUGGAGGAUAUUGAGAAAUAUGUGAAGGAUAUUGAGCAAGAGAAAUCUGAGGAGGCUGCUAAGAAGAAGGGUGGUCGUUCGGGAGGCACCACUUCAAUCUUGGCGAGAGGACCUGACGAUGCUGCUGCCCAAUAAGUGGAUUGAUAUUUAUGACUUUCUGCACUUCAUAGAGCCUCUGUAAUAUAGCAAUGAGCGACGAAAUGACACAGCUUUGAUGCUUCUGA